GUCUCUUUCUAUUCUCUCUUCAACUAACCUUAUAUAGCAGAGACAGCAGACUCACAUAAGUGAGCGCUUCUCUGUCUGUCCUGUUCUCCUAGCAGACUGUGUGUGGUUAUUUUGGGGGAUGGGGGAAAUGCAGUGCGGUAGUGCAUAUUUUAGCUGGCUGCAGUUGAAUGCUGUGCUUUGAUAGAUGCUGCCGCAGAGAUAUGAGACGAUUACCUCACGUGGGAACACGUCCCUGGGUGAAGUAUGGGCUGAGUCUGGCCUUCCCCUCAUACUGUUAGCAUAGUUACUGUGGAGGAAUUCAAGGAAGCUGUAGUUGGGUUCGUCUGUUGAAUUCUAGAAUAACAUUGAGUUGGCAUGGAGAAUUGGCUAGGAAGAAUAUGCAGCUCUGUGUUGCGUAGUUAGUGAUUUGGUUAGUUUGAUUAAAAUCAACCAAGGGAUGGAUAGAUCCAAGGAUAUGAGUUUGACCUCAUGUUUUUGAAGAUGUAACAUAUCUUAUAGUCACAAAUCAAUUAUACCUCUAUUAUACCACUUGAAUCCCAGGGAAGGCAUGAAACACAUUCCUACCAAACCUGAGAAAACAUUUCAUCCUGGUAGUCUCUCCUAAUCUCGCCACCUAUAACCAAAUCAGUGGAAAUAGUCAGUGGCUGUCUGUGGUUUUCUUUGUCAAUGUUGUAUUUGCUGAAGUUGUAAUAUUUUGUUCUGAGUUGUGUGUAUUGUCUGUUAGGGCCCCUCUGAUCAUGACCCACACACUGACAGGCUUCAUGGAGUUGAUGGACCAUGGGAUUGUAUCAUGGGAGAAUCUCUCUGCUGUCUUCAUCAAGAAGAUUGCUAACUUCGUCAAUGCCAAGGUGCUGGACGCGUCCAUCCAGCAGGUGUCCCUGGCCAUCCUGGAGAGCAUGGUGCUGAGCAGCAGCAGCCUCUUCCAGCAGGUCAAGCAGGAGGUCACUCUGGAGAGACUCCUCUCACAUCUACAGGUGACAAACCAACAGAUUCAAACCAAAGCCAUGGCCCUCCUCAUGGCUCUAUCCAUAGUUCUGCCUCCGUGGGGGAUGAGAUGGCACACUACCUGUAUGUCCUUCAGUCUGUCACUCUGAACCACCUGGAGCCUCGCAUGAGGAUGCCCCUGGACUCCUACAACCAGGACCAGAGGGAGAUUCUACACGGCCUGCGGCAGGCAGCCUUCGAGACGGAGAGUGAGAACAGCUUGAGUCAUGAGCGACGGCGCUCUCUCUGUGCCAAGGAGUUCAAGAAGCUGGGCUUCUCUAACAACAGUAACCCAGGUCAGGACCUGCUGCGGGCCCCUCCUGGCCUGCUGGCUCUGGACACUAUGGCCUACUUCGCCUCCCGCUACCCCGAUGCCUACAGCAGGUUUGUUCUAGAAAACAGCAGUAGGGAGGAUAAGCACGAGUGUCCAUUCGCCCGUAGCAGCAUCCAGCUGACUCUCAUCUUGUGUGAGAUCCUACGCAUCGGAGAGCCCCCCUCAGAGACUGGUUCAAACUACCACCCCAUCUUCUUCUCUCAGGACCGGCUGCUAGAGGAGCUUUUCUGCGUCUGCAUCCAGCUGAUCAACAAGACCUGGAAGGAGAUGAGAGCCACGCAGGAGGACUUUGACAAGGUAAUGCAGGUUGUGCGUGAGCAGAUCACUAGGACUCUGUCCAGUAAGCCCACGUCUCUGGAGCUGUUUAAGAACAAGGUGAAUGCUCUGAACUACAGUGAGAUCCUCAAACUACGCCAGACAGAGCGGCUGCACCAAGAGGAGACCCUCGCCCCGCCUGUAUUAGAGCUGAAGGAGCGUCUGAAGCCUGAGCUGUUGGAGCUGAUUCGCCAGCAGAGACUGAACCGCCUGUGUCAGGGAACCCUCUUCCGCAAGAUCAGCAGUCGACGAAGACAGGAUAAGUUGUGGUACUGUCGUUUGUCACCCAAUCACAAAGUCCUGCACUUUGGCGAUGUGGAGGAGGACACAGAAACACCCCCCAUCGAGAGUCUCCAGGAGAAGAUUCCUGUUGCAGAUAUCAAAGCACUGCUGACAGGGAAAGACUGCCCUCACAUGAAGGAGAAUAAGGGCAAACAGACCAAGGAAGGGUUGGACCUGGCUUUCAGCAUCACUUAUGACGUGGAGGAGUACAGCCUCAACUUUAUCGCCUCAUCCAGAACAGAUUUCUGCCUGUGGACAGAUGGACUGAGCGUGCUCCUGGGGCGGGACAUGAGUAGUGAAUGCAUGAGGAGUGAGCUGGAUAUCCUGCUUUCCAUGGAGAUCAAGCUCCGCCUCCUGGACCUGGAGAACGUGCCCAUCCCAGACUGCGCCCCCCCGGUGCCCAAACCCCCCAGCAACUUCAACUUCUGCUAUGACUUAAGCCAGGCUGAGCAGUAGGCCUGGAGAGAGGUCAAGGCAUGGUAGAGGAGGAGACCUGGGGCCUGUUCAGGAGGAUGUAACGUUACAGAAUGUUCGGAUAGAAAUACAUGAAGUAGAACAUACAUGAUCAUCUGUCCUAUGGAAUAGGGGUGCAUGUCAGUUCUAUUCAUUCUAUUUCUAUCUGCAACGCUCAGAAUGUUUCAUGUCACUGAAUGUACCCCAAUAACGACCAAGCAUGUGGACAUAGCUAGAUACACAGGAGGAACAGUGGCAACAUGGAGGCCUGGAUGGACAUAAAGAUGAUCUAAAGCAGAGGCAAAGGUGUCUUCUUCUAUGGGCGGAGUAAUGUGGAAGACGAGAGGCUGAAGAGGAUUCCUUAGGUACUAUUAGAGUGAUCAUCUUUUUGGGUGUGGUCCCGGGCACACAAGUGUAUUGUAACUGUAGAAAUGAAAAACAGAAAGGAAAACGCUGCACACUGCUGCUCCCAGGUGAUAUUUAUUUAUAACAACGUUUCAACCC